AUGGCGACGGCGACGCGAUGCGCGCGAUGCGACGGCCUCGAACGGCGAGCGAACGUGCGGAGAAACGGAGGACGACGACGCGUGGCGACGCGCGCGGCGUCCUCGGUGGCGAGAAACCCGAACAUGGCGCAGCUCAAAGCCGGAUACCUCUUCCCGGAGAUCGCUCGCAUUCGCACGGCGUACUUGGAGAAGAACCCGGAUGCGAAGGUUAUCUCGCUCGGGAUCGGUGACACGACGGAACCGAUUCCGGCGGCGAUCACGAAGGGGAUGGUCGAGGCGGCGGCGGCGCUCGGAACGGUCGAGGGGUACUCGAAGAAGGGUGGCUACGGUCCGGAGGCUGGUCAGGCGGAUCUUCGCAAGGCGGUCGCGGAGAGGUUGUACAAGGGGACACCGAUCACGUUUGAGGAUGUGUUCUGCUCCGAUGGCUCGAAGUGCGACAUUUCGCGCAUGUUGCAGAUGUUCGGCGCGGGUCGUAAAAUCGCGGUGCAAGAUCCGUCUUACCCGGCAUACGUCGAUUCUUCCGUCAUCAUGGGCCACUCCACCGGCUUCAACGAUGGCGUGAAGCAGUAUCAAAACAUCACGUACAUGCCGUGUGGUGCCGAGAACGAUUUCUUUCCGGAUCUCUCCGCUGCGCGAGACGCGGAACUCAUCUUCUUCUGCUCCCCGAACAACCCAACGGGCGCCGCGGCGACGCGCGAGCAGCUCACGCAGCUCGUGAACCAAGCGCUGGAAACGGGCUCAUUCAUUAUUUACGACGCCGCAUACUCCGCCUUCGUCAGCGACCCGAACUGUCCGAAGACCAUCUACGAAAUCCCAGGCGCGGAAAAGUGCGCCAUUGAAACCUGCUCCUUCUCCAAGUACGCCGGUUUCACCGGUUUGCGUCUCGGCUGGACCGUCUUCCCGGAAGCGCUCAAGUUCUCAGACGGUUACUCCGUCCGCGCUGACUGGACCCGCAUGAUGGGAACGAGCUUCAACGGCGCGUCCACCGUUGCGCAGAGCGCCGGUCUCGCGUGCCUCUCUGAUGACGGCAUGAAGGCGAUGGAAGACCUCGUCAAUUUCUACAAGGAAAACGCUGCCAUCCUCAAGCGCACGUGGGAGGAGAUGGGUUACAAGACGUACGGUGGCACCGAUGCUCCGUACGUCUGGGUUUCUUUCGAUGGUCGAGACUCUUGGGAAGUCUUCACCGAGAUCCUCGAGAAGACACAGAUCGUCACCACGCCGGGCGCCGGUUUCGGUCCGGCCGGUAACGGUUACGUGCGAUGCAGCGCGUUCGGCAGCCGCGAAAACAUUAACGAAGCCGCUCGCCGUCUUAAGGAGGCGUACUCCAAGUAA